GCGCGGGACGGGGGCCUGGACAGUGGACAGAGGUAAAGGAAAAGAGAGGAAGAGGAAAGAGAUGAAUAAUGCUCUAUCGUCUUUUAAUAUUCCUUACCGGACAACGCCUUUCUCCGGGUGUUGGGAAUGCUGGUGGGGGGGUAUAAUCUGGUGCUCAGCUUCAUCUGUCGACUGCUAGGAUCGAAGUUGUAGACAUUGCCAAGGGUCAAGGGGGCAGUCGGUGCGCAGGAACUCAUCUAAACGCAUCCGCUCAUACUACACAUGAUAGAGAGAUAGAUGUAGUGUGUGUUUGUCUUUGUGUGUGUGUUUGUCUUUGUGUGUGUGUGUGUGUUUGUGUUUGUGUGUGUGUGUGUGUGAGAGAGAGAGAGAGAGAGAGAGAGAGAGAGAGAGAGAGAGAGACGGAGGGCAGCCGGAGGACUACCGAUCGAGAGUCGACAACGAGGCCGCUUCGAGUCAAUCGGUACGUUUGACUCGAAGGCGGCCUUCCUCGAUUUCUGGACUAAAGACCGGAAAAGGACAACAACAGGAGUAGGAGCAGCAGCAGCAGCAGCAGCAGUAGUAGGAGAAGAAGACGAAGAAGACGACGACGACGACGACGGCAAUGUCGAAAGAUGUGGACCCCGCGUUUCAGGGAGCCGGACAGAAAGCCGGCCUAGAGGUCUGGAGGAUUGAAAAUUUCAAGCCGGCGCCUCUUGACAAGGAAAAUUAUGGGAAGUUUUACUCGGGAGACUCAUAUAUCGUUCUCAAGACCACGGAGCAGAAGGGAGGGAAGCUGAGCUUUACAAUCCACUUCUGGCUUGGGAAGGACACGACUCAGGACGAGGCAGCGACUGCGGCGAUCAAGGUUGUGGAGCUCGAUGGGGUACUGAAUGGGAGAGCCAUUCAAUAUAGGGAGUGUCAAGGGCACGAGUCAGAUCUCUUUCUCUCUUACUUCAAGCCUUGUUUUCUACCUCUUGAGGGUGGGAUUGCAUCCGGCUUUACGAAGGUCUCUGCAGGGAACUAUGCCCAGAGGUUGUUCCAGAUCAAAGGGAAACGGACUGCACAUGUUAGACAGGUGCCAUUCAACAGGAAUUCUUUGAAUCAUUCUGACGUUUUUGUUCUUGAUACGGAACACAAGAUUUUUCAGUUCAAUGGGGCCCAGUCAACAAAACAGGAGAGGGUCAAAGCAAUGGAGGUGGCACAGUUCCUCAAAGAUACGAAUCAUAAAGGAGGUGUCCAGUUUGCGAUGAUUGAGGACGGCAAACUUGGCGAUGAGGCAGAUGCGGGAGAGUUCUGGCUUUCGCUAGGAGGAUUUGCUCCAAUUCCAAUGAAGAAAACUGGCGUAGAGGAAGAUCAGUCAGCACGACUGGAAUCAUUGCCCCCGAGACUCGUCUGUGUUGCAAAAGAUUCUUCUUCUCGGAUUGCGGAAGGGACUCUGCAGAAGGACAUGCUUGACUCUACAAAAUGCUAUGUCAUAGACUGUGGCUCGGAGAUAUAUGUAUGGACGGGCAAGAACUCAGCUCUUGAGGAUAGGAAGGCGGCAAAUGCCCAUGCAGAGGCUAUCAUUCUCAAAGAUGGGAGACCAUCAUUCACACCCACAACAGCCAUUGCAGAAGGGCUGGAAACUCCCAUGUUUAAGUCACAUUUUGGGGUUUGGAUCUCUGCUGAAGAGACGGCAAAGAAAUCUAAGACGGGCAGAGUAGCAGCAAUGCUUGCUCAGCAGGGGCUUAAUGUGAAGGGCCUGGUGAAAGGGCCUGCUCCUGUGCCCGAAGAAGAGGGUCCACCCAUGGUCGAUGUUAGCAUGGGAAAGCUUCAGGUGUGGCGUAUUGAUGGCUCUAAAAAAGUGAAGGUCCCAUCUGAGGAUCAUGGGAAGUUCUACAGCGGUGACUGUUACCUUGUCCUUUUUACAUACAACAAGGACCGCAGGGACGAAUACUUACUCUUCUUCUGGUUGGGAAGAAACAGAACAAUGGUAGACCAGAAUGCCGCAGCUCAGCUUGCCAAAGAACUUGAUGAGGCCCUUCAAGGAAGAGCUGUCCAGGUUCGGAUUGUGCAAGGGAAAGAGCCGCACCAGUUCAUCUCCCUGUUUAGGGGAAACAUGAUUGUUUUCAAGGGUGGGUUGAGUAGUAGCUACAAAGAGCAAGUUGGUGGAUCGAGUGGAGGAGCAAGUACAGCGUACUCGUCUGACACACUUGCUCUCUUCCAAGUAAGAGGCACGACUGCAGAGAGCACGCGCGUUGUUCAAGUAGAUCCAGUGGCGAGAUCGCUCAACUCAAUGGAUUGUUUCAUUCUUCAAACCCAGCUACAAUCAAUGUACUUUGUCUGGUUUGGCUCCUUCAGCUCAGAGAAAGAGCAGAAAGCAAGCAUAUCAACAGCAGAGAGGCUUCGACCAGGUGCACAGGUGAAGGGACUGAAGGAGGGAUCGGAGCCGCCGAAAUUUUGGGAAUUCCUAGGCGGGAAGGCAGGAUACCCGAAUACGAGAGAGACAACUGCCAUCUCCCGAGAUGCUCGGCUUUUUGUCUGCUCGAAUGUCACAACCACGAUGAAGGUUGAGGAGAUUCAUAAUUUCGUGCAGGAUGACCUCCUCUCUGAGGAUAUCAUGAUUUUGGACACAUUCACGGAAGUAUUCGUAUGGAUCGGGCAUCAUGCCCCGGAGAAAGCAAAGAAGAUGGGCUUGGAAAUUGCUCAGAAAUAUCUUGAAAUGGUGGUUCUGACGGAUGGACGGUCGUCUGACUCUACGAUAGUGAAAGUUUCCGAUGGCAGCGAACCUCCGAUGUUCACUUGCCACUUCACAUGGGACAACACAAAGUCUGCGACUUUUGUUGAUCCAUAUGAUAGAAUGCUAGCCCUACUCCAAGGAAGGAAGCUGGAGCCGAAGACACCAGCAAUGAAGGGAUCAGAGGUCUCCAAGAAGCGGAUAAUAUUUGCGUCACCAAUGCUUUCUGGAGCUCCCUCGCCAGCUUUUCGGAGGAGUCCUUAUUCUGGCAGCAUGAGCAAUGUUGGAAAGACCAGUCCGUACCGAUCAGGAAUGUCUCAGCACGCAGCGGCACUCGCUGCUCUACAAGCAACGCCCAUCUUCAAAGGCACACCGUCUUUAAGAUCGAGGAGUGGACGUGGCAUGGGCCAUACACCUUCACCGCUCAUGGGAAGUAUCACCGAUGUUCCGGAUUUGCCUAGCCUGGAAUUACCGCCGUCAGCAGUGGCCGCAGAAGAUGCGGCGGAGGCGAAGAAGGCGGCUGAUGAGAUCUUGGGACUCGCAAACUCCUCCACGAAUGCGACUGAGGCGUCUGCAAAUGGAGGGAGCACAGAACCCGCCGUAGAAAGUACAGAUGAUACUGGAGAAGUCGAUGGCUCGCCCUCCGCUGAAGGUUUCUACAAGUACGAGGCUCUUAAAGUAGGAAGCAAGUGUGCAGCCAAGAACAUUGAUGUUACAAAGAGAGAGUCGUACCUUAGCGACGAGGACUUCAAGAAGCUUUUUGAAAUGGAUAAAAAGGAAUUCUACAGUCUCGCGAAGUGGAAGCAGGCAAUGCGUAAGAAAGCAAAGGGACUCUUUUGAUAGGGAUGCACUGGCGUGAUGGCCCAAAAAAUUCCUUUGGUUUGGCUGGUCAUGUCAAACUUGCUACUGCCAUUGUUGCUCCUAUCAUGCUGUGCUUUCGAACUUGCGCACCAUCUAUGUGUUGUGAUAUUGGAUGAGCUCCUCCUUUCUUCUUUAUCUGCUGUCUCCUGCUUCCACCAGGACAGAAUGCAGUGCUGUGUGGACUAAAAUUGUCGCCGCCAUAGCCAGGUAUCGGGGGUAUUUGAGAAAAUGGGAAAUGAACAAACGACGGCAGUUGAGCCAUCCGAGAGACCAUGGUGAGGGCGCAAGGAAUGCGCCAUUAUUCUAGACCUCUUCAUUGCAGAAAGGACAUACGGCCGGCAGCUCUCAUGAACCCUUCUGCAUUGUUCAAAAUUGUACAGCAAGGCCUUCCAAUGAAUGUACUUGUCGGUGCUCAUGCUGCAUAUCUCCUUUGUUGGACUUGUUAGGCUGCCAUUGGGUAUUCUGUGCCCCUUGUCACUUUGAAGUAUAUACAUACAUAUAUAUAAUCUCCCAUCGGGUCAGCUCAGUGGAGGGACGGACUGCAAACUGCUUCAUCAGAGUGUGGAGGCGUAUUUGGUCGGCACAAACGGGAUGAGCGAGUGCAUGGCGAGGGAACAUCCUGUGCGCAGCAUGUGCUCUUUGAAGGAAGGAGAUUCCGAGUCAGCAGACGGGAGACAUGCGCAGGCGGCCGACCGAUCUCCUUCAUACUGAAGCGAUUCCUUCACACGGAGGGCUGUCUGGUUUCCGGAUGGCUUCGUCGUAUGCGUCACCUCUGGUCUGGAUGCUUUGUCUUCUCUUCUGCAUUGGUAGAGUGCUAGCGAUUAUGCUCCACUGUGGCCUAUUGUGUCUCUCCUCUUGUCACUUGUUACUUCUGCUGCCACAGCUAUUGUUGCCGCUGAUGGUGUUUUGCUCUUUUACCUACGCUCUUGCCUGCCUGUGCUUUGGUAUCUGUGGCGGAGUCUUGUGUCUACUACCUUUCACGGUUUCGUUUGCAGAGUGUAGUGCUUUGGGGGCUUACAGCUGCUAUAGAUUUUCCUAUACGGGAGCCUUGGGGGAGGUUGAGUGAUCCAUUCUUUGAAUGUGCAGUGGGAUAGGACUAGAGGAAGGAAGCAAAGCGUCUGGUCGGUCUAGUGGGCAGGCAAGCCUGGCUGUCCCUUCUGCAUAUCUCAUUCGCAAAGUCGAACUGGAUGUCGAGUUUCUUUCUUUCUUUCUGAUUUUCGGUAAAGAUGAUCCGCCAGUACGUAGUGGCGUGACGACUUCGCUAGAACACACUGACAAUGGGAAAUCAGGCUCUGUGUCUUUCCGUAUAUAUCAUGGCUGAGACACAGGUCACAUCCCUGCCUGCCUGCUCCCUUUCAUAAAUAAUCCACUUGCAUCGUCGAACGUCUCAGGAAUUCUCCAUACACUUUAUCAUCCUGAGGAAUCUCUUAUCUCAGAGAGCCUUUACACCUGUGCAAAGCCAGCGAAUAAGGGCGUUGACGUGCUGUCUUGUAGGCUUCGGCACGCCAAAGCCAGAUAGGCGCUGGAACACUACCCACAUCUGCAGGGCCCUGUUUGUUGGCUAUCCCUGCGGCCCCAAUUAGACACCGCUAUAAAUCUGUCCGUCUCUAUGCCGUCCCUCAGCUGCCAAUGGAGGAGAGUUGGCAGCUGUUAGUGGUCCCGGUCUCUCACGUAUACAGUUGACACAGAGUGUCCAACGCAUGGGUAGAUGCACUCGUGUGGUUCGUCAGUUGGCAGUUGCACUUUCUGAUGGUUGAUAUCUAAGCUAGCAUAGGGAGGGAGAUUGUCGUAAAAGCCAAUUGGAUGUCAUUUAACACGACUCCAACGAUGUUCCAUGGAUGAGGUAGUAGAUCCUGCAAUUACUAUCAAAGUGAUUGGACAUCAAUGGUAUUGGACUUACGAGUAUUCAGAUUAAAAUACUUCUGAUGAACAGUCACUUACUUUUGGAGGUGGAAAAGGGACAAGAGGGACAUGCAAAUUGUCGUGGCCUCGAGGACCAAACACGGUAAGCAUUGCUCCCAUGUAGCCGGUCGGGGAAGCACCAAAGGUGAUGUGAGAACUGGAUGAGUGUGUGUGACGCACCUGUCUGCAUGCUCAUCGUUCUUCUCAUUCGGUUGUGGUUCGUUCUAUUCAAUUGCUGUAUAUUUAUAAGGCAAACGUUUCGAUCAUCGAAUGUGCCUAUUUUGUGCUGAGCCCCUACCCUCACCAACAUGUUUUGGCACAAUGAACUCUGUAUCGACUGCUAGCCACUAUUUGCCGGGCUCAUUCGUCCCUAUGGUAGAGUUGUGCUUAGCUCCUUUUCCCUAAUGUUCCGACAAAGGAUGGAUGCCCUAGCCUUGAGCCCCCAACUCCAGGAAAGGAUGAUUUUGAAGAAAUGAGGAUGACAGCUUCUUAUGUCUUGCGUGCGCUGAUCAGAGUGGUGGUCCUUUCUGGGCCCGGAAGGAAGUAAACGGGUGGCAGUGUGGCGGUAUGUGCUUUUGGUACUGGUCGGCGAGCUAAGUACACGUUCUCGUUGCAUGAAAGAGCCGCGUCGGUGAUUGUUGUUAGAUGCAAAGCGGCCCUUUCGGCCCUGUAUGACGAAUUGCGAGCACUUUCUCAUUGCACGAAAGAGCCGCUUCAGUGAUUUUCAUUAAAUGUAUUUUUUUGUGGAGCGUGGGAGGUGACAUCCUUGUCGUAUACUCGGGUUCAAGCUCUCCUCGUCGAUUUAAACUGAUCUAUUCGUAGUCGAUUUUGAUGUGUAUGUGUGUUUGCUUGGCUAUCGCUAGGGUUCGGCCGCUCGGGUAUCGUCUGUCAAUUUUGAUAGGUACAAGCGUGUUGUUUGGGUAUCAUCUCUGGAGCUAGGGUCCAUUGUCUGGUUCUCCUUACGGACAACUGAGGGCAUACUCGCACUAGCGGUUUUUUUUGCUAAAUCGCAAAAUCUGCUAUGCUGUUAGGGUAUUCCGACCACCGAAAUUGCAAACGGGGUAGCAUUUGUCAGCGGCCUGGGGGGCUGCGGGGAUGGGCAUUUUGCUACCGGCUUGAGAGGUGGUCGCAAAUUCUCUUUUGGCCAUGGCAAAUUCUCUUUCGCCUUUUGGGAAAUUCCAUUCGUAAAAGAAAAUUUCCGUGCUUUGUGACCAUGCGAGGCACCAGUUUUGCAAUUGUCAGAGAGUCCCGCUUGUGUCCUUUCUGAUUCCAUGUGUGACCGGGCAGGGUAUGAUUUUUUUCAGCAAACAUGGGAAAGAAAAUUCAGCAGAUUUUGCUAGACUGCCACCGCUGUGUGAGUACGCCCUGAGUGUGGCUUUCUCAUACUCUGGCCAAUUCUGUGUAGUUUCCUUGUUACGGGGAACAUUUUUCUUUACUACUAGAAUCAAUCUCAUCGUAAUCUGCUAGAAACAAUCUCAUCGCAAUCUCGCUAGAAACAAUCUCAUCGUAAUCUCGGGAAUGCUUAUGUGGAGUCUUCUGCGCACGUUGGACUGGAAAGAACCUAGCUGCCAGAAACUCUUUAGAUUGUUUUCCUUGUCCUCUAUGAAAUGAAAACACUGUCAUUAG